UGCGACGCGGGGCGCCUCAUCAGUGACUGCUGCGCCGUAGCGCAUUGUCUUACACUCCUUGGCAGGUCGACGGGUGUUGUAUUGCAGGGCCUUGCGCGCUCGCUCUUGAGACGCGUGUGAUGGAAGCGGCGCCGUCUACCAGUACCGGGCGCGCUACAGUGUCUUGCUCAUCAGUGUCUUCCUCGCCGGCGAGUACUGAUGGACCAUCUCCGUCAACUGGUGUUCGACCACGAGGAAGGCCACGCAAGACGGAGGCACAGAAGGCGGAGACCAAAGCUCGCCAUGCUGAGGCCAUGCGACGAAAGCGGCGUGGGAACGCCGAGCUGCGGGAACGAGAGGUUCAGGUCAGGCGACAACAGCGCCAAGAAAAUCCUGAUUUGAGGGCGCGUGAAGCUGCGGCCAAGCGUCAGCAGCGGCAGGAAGACCCCGAGUUCAGAGCACGUGAGGCCGAGGCCCGGCGCCAACAGCGGCAAGAAGAUGCUGGACUGAGGGCGCGUGAAGCUGAGGCCAAACGUCAGCAGCGACAAGAACACCCCGAGUACAGAGCACGUGAGACCGAGGCCCGGCGCCAACAGCGGCAAGAAGAUGCUGGACUGAGGGCGCGUGAAGCUGAGGCCAAGCGUCAGCAGCGGCAGGAAGACCCCGAGUUCAGAGCACGUGAGGCCGACGCCCGGCGCCAACAACGGCAGGAAAACUCGGAGUUGCGGACGAAUGAGGCCCAAGCCAGACGACAACAGCGGCAAGACUGUCCAGAAAUUCGAGCCAGGGAAGCCGAGGCCAAGCGACUAAGGCGACGAGCCGAGGCAGAACAACGAGCGCGGGAAAGGUUAAGCCUGCACGCGAGUGCGACAAACAUGUUUCACAAACGCUUCACACAGAAUCCAUUUGGCUACUCUUGCUCUGUGUGCGAUCGGCUUUGGCACAAGAACGACCUAAAGCCUCUUCCAGAAGCGCAUGCCACAUUGGUUGCCGACGCAUUUCGUACGGAUGUUUCUGGGUUCGAGGUGUGUCGCACUUGCAUGCAGACCAUCCGGCGAAAUCGCAUUCCUAACUACUCCACUACGAAUGGCUAUGCGUACCCACCUAAGCCGGCGCAUUUACCAAACAUUGAUCUCGUGAGUGAGCGACUUGUGUCACCGCGGAUCCCCUUUAUGCAGAUUCGGAGGUUGCUGUACAGCAACAGCGGCCAGUUCGCCAUCAGAGGUCCGAUUGUGAACGUGCCUAUCAACGUCGACACAACGGUCCAAAUGCUGCCUCGAGAUGUCGAAGAAGAUCAAGCGUUGUGUGUUCACAUUAAGCGCCGGAUGAUAUACAAGAGUGUGUACAUUCGUGGCAUGGUCAAGAAGACUGAGUUGCUUCCCUGGCUUGUGUUCCUGGAGAAGUCUACGUUGUAUCGCUACUAUGGCAUCCGAAUCAGUCGAGAGAAGGCAGACAAAUUGUGCGACAAGCUGGCGAGAACGCGGUGGAUCAUGACAUGGCGUUCAUGA